CCAACUCACGUCAGAAAUUAAAAUGAAAGUUUGUGCACCCAAACCAUGUGAACCCCAACCCCAUACUCUCUCUCUCUCUUUCUCUCCCUCUCCCUCUCUGUACUUCUAUAUAAGCUCCAAAAUCAGGCAGCAACUUUUCCACAGAAACAUUGAGAUGGGUGUGAGCACUGUAAGGUGCCAUCUCGUUGUUCAAAGCCUCCUGUUUCUGAUUCUGCUGCUGCAACAGGCAAGGGCGGAUCACCAAGUGUAUAACGUGAGCGGGUUGAGGAGUAGAAAGCAAGUGAGCAGCUGUAACUUGUUUCAAGGGAAAUGGGUGUUUGAUGCCUCCUAUCCAUUCUACGAUGCUUCCAACUGUCCCUUCAUAGAUCCUCAGUUUGAUUGCCAAAAGUACGGCAGACCCGAUAAGCAGUAUCUUAAAUACAGCUGGAAACCAGAUUCUUGCGACUUGCCCAGGUUUGAUGGGUUGGAUUUCUUAAGGAGAUGGAGGGGGAAGAGGAUAAUGUUUGUGGGGGACUCGCUGAGUCUGAACCAGUGGGAAUCGCUGGUCUGUAUGAUUCACCAGUCGGCGCCAAACGCCAAGACCAGCUUCGUCAAGAAAGAUGGACUAGCUACUGUGACAUUUGAUGGGUAUGCUGUAUCGGUGAGUCUGUACCGUACUCCCUACCUAGUAGACAUAGUGAGGGAAUCGGUUGGGCGCGUACUGAAACUGGACUCCAUCCAAGCAGGGUAUACAUGGAAACAGAUGGACAUGCUGAUCUUCAACACGUGGCACUGGUGGACCCACAAAGGCAAUUCUCAGGGAUGGGAUUAUAUGAGCGAAGGAACCAAAUUGUAUAAAGAUAUGGACCGCCUCACUGCAUUUUAUAAAGGGUUGAGCACAUGGGCCUCUUGGGUUGACCUUAAUAUUGAUCCUUCCAAAACCAAAGUUUUCUUCCAGGGGAUUUCUCCCACCCAUUAUAUGGGCAAGGAAUGGAAUUCGCAAUCAAAGAACUGUUAUGGAGAGCUAGAACCACUAUCAGGGCCUACUUACCCAGCGGGUGCACCUGCAGCAGCUGCUAUUGUAAACCAAGUGUUGAGUAAGAUUAGAAAACCAGUCUAUCUGCUCGAUAUUACAACACUCUCACAAUUGAGAAAAGACGCUCAUCCAUCCGCUUAUGGCGAAGAUCGUACGGGCAUGGACUGCAGUCACUGGUGCCUUCCUGGAUUGCCUGAUACUUGGAAUCAGCUCCUAUAUGCAGCUCUUGUCAUGGGAACAUGAAGGGGUACUUCAAGUCUUAUGUUUGCUCACGUAAAUGGACAACAAAGGGGGAAAAGAAUCAAUUGUAAUUUAUUUAAUUUUUCAAGUGCAAUAAUAAUAAGUGUUAUCAAGUGACAUAAA